UUAUGCAACUACUGACCUACUAACACACAUUCAACGACCGAGAGAUAGAGGGGUAGGAAACUAGAGCAAGACUCCGACAUAACAUCAGGACACAAACCAAAAGUGGGAGACACGACAAGUACUAGAGCCAGCAUCAUUGACUGAGCCGGUGAGAGAGGAACACGCAGCGUGUAACGUUUCCAGCCGGAAUCUGAAUGAAUCUGAAUGAGAUCGCAGGAUAUAACAACUUCAACUCUGGAACAAACUCUUCUUGAAGGAUUUUCUUUGGAAUCAUCUAUUUACAUCCAGACUUACUACUUGUGAGCGGUGUUGCCCUUGGAGACUGGUAAGCUGUGGAAAAAUCCUCAUCCAGACACACUGACCUACUUCCUGUUGAAGACACCUGAAGCCUUAGGUCACCAGCCUUGACUGCACGUCUCUCAAGAUUUGCAAACAAACAGAAACCUGCUUCAGCCGGAGUCGAGGAAUUCCUGCAGACUUGACUUGACCCAGUUGUAGCUGUGGGAAAACGGAAGAGGAUUCACAUCAGCUCAGCCUGAAGGGAGAAGAGCUCUUUGUUUUCCCAGCUUGGACUCUUCAGAUUUGAUAAAUGAGGGAGGUUUAUGUUGAGUUCCACCUCUUCCUCAUCUUCUUGGCCAGUUUGGACACUUGAAGAAUCUGAGAGCUGAACUUUAACAGAAUAACUCAGAAGGAGCACUCAUAUCAUUGAGGUUCCUCCCAAGAGGAACAUAAGGGCCUCAAAGUAAUUGAUUGAUCCGACCUUGAAGAAAAUAAUACCAACCACAAGACCUGAUCAAUUCACUCCCAGAUAUAAGUUUAUUUCAAUGUCAGCUGAGACCUACGAUUCCCAAUGGAAAGCCUGAAUCUACAAGUUGAGAACACUAGUGACAAUUUGGAAUCUUUAGAAACAUUCUCAACGUUCAGUGAGAGCAGUAUACCGUCAUCCGAAACAACCCCAGGCCGCCGCGGGUCCAAACCCAAACCGAACAUGACUUGCAGAAGAAAGCGCGAGUUCAUCUCCGACGAGAAGAAGGACGCCUCCUACUGGGAGAAGCGCCGCAAGAACAACGAGGCGGCCAAGCGCUCCCGCGAGAAGCGGCGCCUCAACGACAUGGUGCUGGAGAACCGCGUGAUGGCCCUCAACGAGGAGAACGUGCGCCUGAAGACGGAGCUCCUGCAGCUGAAGCUGCGCUUCGGCCUCAUCAGCACGGCCGCCUACAUGGAGAAGACCCAGCAGAUCAGCACCUCCGCCGCCGCAGCGGCCGCCGCAGUGGCCGCCGCCCUGGCCAGCAACAACGCCUCCACGGGCUCCAGCACGCCCUCUGCCCAGCCCUACUUCUCCAGCAGCGGCUACUCCAGUGCCUCCCAGAUGAUGAUGAACUCCGACUCCUCCGAGGCGGAGCAGUCCAGCCGGGGCGACCGUCAGGUCCUAAAGUACUCCCCCCGCGGCUCCCUGUCCGACAUGUCCGACGGGUCUUCUCGCAACAGCCCCGAGCCCGCCGCUUACGAGGUCAAGCACGAGAGCACGGGCAUGGACAUCAGCAGGCUCGAGGCCAGCGUCAUCAACGGCAUGUUCAACGGCCACCACGGCCUGAGCAGCCUGCACUCCCACCACUCCCAGGACAUGGAGCAGACGGACUCGGUGGCCCCUCAGGCCCAGAGGAGCGUGAUCCUGUACCGCUCCAGCAGCGGCUCCUACUCAGCGGACGGCCAGAGGGCCGAGGAGAUGGAGCAGCAGCCGGACAACGGCCAGGCCCACCGCGCCACUCAGCUCAGGGCCAACGCCGAGAGCCUGGAGACCAUCACAGAGGUGGCCAAGCAACUGGCCAGGAAGUCUCUGGACUCUCCGAAGUACGAGUACGGCAGUAGCCAGAUGGAAGGGGUCUCCGAGCAGGGCCCGCAAACACAUCAUCAGCAAGUGAGCAGCACUCAAGAGUGUGGGGAUCAAAGACGAGAGCUCAACCCCAACACCUUCGCCCCCAACCUGCUGCCCAGCAGUGAGGAGGGCAAGACCCACCUGUACCACCGCCAACAAUCCUACCUCAACACCCAGGACGAGGAGCCGCCCGUGUUAACGUACGAGGGCGGCCCGAGAAGCGAGGCGCACUACCCUGAGAACUCCUCGGGCAAAGACACUUCCUCCAGCGACGGAGACCCCCGCAGCUCAGACCGAGAGGGCUCCACGGACGACGAGUCCCCGUCCUCGUCCUCCUCCGACGCCUGCGGCUACCAGUUCAUGAGCGCGGUGCAGGACCACCAGUCCACCCUGUCUCCCAGCUGCUACGGCGCCGCCGGCCAGAGCGGCGAGUGCCAGUCGGAGGUGAGGACCACCGCCCUGCCCCACAAGCUGCGGCUCAAGUACAGAGGGUUCUCCAGCUGUGGCGCGCACGCCCAGCUGGACGUCCACUCCGGCAGCUCUCCCAACCCCACGUCGGCGUCGCUGUCGCCGAACCCCGCCCUGCCCCAGCACCCCUACCUGGCCCUGCACCCGCAGGGGCCGGCCACCAGCAGCGGUAGCCACGAGGCAGACAGUGGCUUCCCGGAGAUGGAGAGCGCAGCAAAGUCUCCCCGUCGGGAGGCAGAGGAGAAAGGGAAGAAGAGCUCCGGGGGGCGAGGAGGGAGGAACAAGAGGCGGGAGUGAAGGAGGAGAACUCUCAAACAGACUUUACCAGAAACAUAACCAGACUUUUCCACCAAUCCACACACAUCCCCAAUGUACAAUAGUCCAUCACUCAUCCUCCCAUAGCUGAGGACAGACAUUACUGACUAGUUACUGGACUCUGUGAUUUUGGGUGCGGUUUCGUGUCUGGUACACUGUGUCAUGUUUGGUCCAGACCCUAUUCUUCUCUAUUUCUGACAGAGAAGUUCAAUAGCACUUAUUGGGCCAGACAAGGUAUUUUCAUUAAAGAAGGGGAGAAGUUGGAACUCUCUCAGUUUAAUUUGAGAUUCAUGGUCUGAAAAGGAAGGCAAGUUCUCCUCGUAGCCUGCAGUGAUGACCUGAGGCCCGCAGUACUCCAGUUAAAUCUGGGAUGAACUCUAAAGCUGCUGUGGCCUCGGCGCUCUCAAUAGGUGGCACUUAAAUGUCUCGAUGAGCAUCUUUUGGGGGACCAAGUCCCGACCAGUUCCAUUUUAGAGGGAAAAAAACAUCUCUUCCAUUUCUGAUUCACUUUUCUCCUCAACCCCACCCCUUGACAUUUUCAAGCACUUGGAUUGUAUAUUACUGUGACAUAUAAAUUUACAAAUAUUUAAAAUAUAUUUUAAGAAGAAAACGAAAUAUCAAAAACUACCAAAAAAAAAGAAGAAAACACAGGAGAAAAGAGAGGGAGCAAAGUUGAAAAGGUCGUCCAUUUGUUCGUGCUGGAGUCAUUGUACAGUCCUAACCUGUUUGUUGUAAAAAUUAAUGCUUCCAGUUUAUUUUUUGAAGUUAUUUUUUUUCAAAACACAAAGGUUUUACAAGGUAUUUGAAUGUGCCCAUGCUCUGGCCAUAUAUAGGACAAACCAAACUGAUUCGAUGUCAGCUGCUCAAGUCCCAGAUUAAAGUGAGAGGGCUUUUUUGAAUUUGCUCCGUCACCGUUGACGAGAUCAGCAUAUGAAUAUGAAUAAGUGCACGAAUCAGAUCGUGAACAUCUGCCACUCGUCUUCUCACAAGUGGAGGUGUGAGGGCACACUUGACACCGAUUCUCUGGUGAUUCUUCACAGUUUGGAUGUGGCUGCCGACACAGGAGUAUAGCCUGUGUCAAAAACAAAACAAAACAAAAAAAAACAUAUCAUAAUGGACUCUUCCUCAGAGAUCCAGUUUCAGAAAAACCUUGAUACUACCUCAGUAGAGCAGAGUGCUGGAGGGGCCGAAGGCACUCAAGUGUCUUAUGUGUCUCAUGCAUGGCAUCUGGAGUUUGGCUCUCCGUGCCACCAAAUUUGAUUGGCCCAGAUUUAUGACAUGGGCAUUUUUGUUAUAACAAGGUCACUUAUUCGUACAUAUAUCAAUAUAUGUAUGUUAUCUGGUGUUUGCCAUUAUUGACCGUUAUUGGGUCACUUACUCUUUUAAUUCUCAAAAGGUGCCUCUCUGUCUGUUGGACAAUUGACACCUCUGUGUAGCGCCCUAGUCCCACUGUAGUGUUUUAUCACCCCGGGAUGCUACGUGCUAAUCCUGCACUGUAUCAUUCGGUUUGUACAAUCUGUGUUUAAAUGUUUCGCUUUCAGGUGCCUGCCACUGGCCAUUGUGUAUAAAUGUAAAGUUUUCUCUCUUGGAUGAUGUUCUAAGGUUUAUUUUAUUCUAUUGUUAUUAUUAUUAUUAUUAUUAUUAUUAUUUUAUAUUUCAUAUUUCACCAUUAUAAUUUUUGUUAAUGUAUUUUCUGUCCCUUUGUCUUUACCAUCCACCUAUCUCUAGAAUGUGAUUCUUUAUGUAUGUACACCCCGGCCCCGAGCCCUUUAUGUACACCAGUGUACUCCGAUGUAAUGUGUGUUUGGAGAGUUUCAAGAAAAAAGGAAAAGAGCUGAAGGUGUGUUUUGGUUUUUACCCUGCACAGAUGUGUUUGGAAGGACACUAAAUGUUCAAAAUGAAAGAUGGGUGACAGAAAAAGAAAAAAAAUUAAAAUAAAACAUUGAAUUUCUCAA